CAUGUAUUUAUCGUUUGAAUGGAGGUAGGUAAUCUUAUCUAAUCCGAAUUGCUAUCCUUUAACCUAGCGUCUACUUUGUACAUAGGUACAUAGCUGGUAGGUAAUACCUUAGUGGACCCUCCGCGCCACCUUUCUAAAGGCAGCUUCACCACCGACUGGAAUACCCUUUCAUACACAAAGGUUGGACAUCGCAAAUAUGAGUAAACCAGGGCUAUCAUUUGGCUUAAACCUCGCUAAGAAGCCUGGCGCUUCGAAACCUGCUCUCCCGAAAAGGAAACCAAUGUUUGGCGAUGAUGAUGGAUCAGACGACGAUGCGAACGGUUCAGCCGAUGGUCCUCAAGCUACCGAGAUAUCAGAGCUAGACGACUUUACAACAGUAUCAUCUGGCCAUCAAUCAAAUAAGAAGCCCCCUCCAAAGUUGAAAAAUGGUCUACCUACCAAAUCUUUGAACGGCAAGAGCAAAAAACCCCAAAUUUCCAUGUUUGGAGAUCUGUCGAGCUCCUUAGAGUCGCGUAAACACCAACAAGCCGCUGAGGAGUUGGAUCCAUCGAUAUACGAUUACGAUGCGGUCUACGAUUCCCUAAAGCCGGAGAAGAAGGCUACAGAAGAAGAUAUUGAGCGCAAGCCCAAGUACAUGAAGAACUUGAUGGCAUCUGCCGCCGUACGGAAACGCGACGCCCUAAUUGCCGAAGAGAAGAAGAUCGCACGAGAACGGGCGGAAGAGGGCGAAGAGUACGCGGACAAGGAGAAGUUUGUCACGGAAGCAUACAAGAAACAACAAGAGGAGAACAGGCGCAUCGAGGAAGAGGAGCGCAGGCGCGAGGAGGAGGAAGCUAAGAAAAAUAAAGGUGGUGGCAUGACUGCAUUCUACAAGGAUCUACUAGAAAGGGGCGAUAAACGACACGCUGAAGUUAUCAAGGCGGCGGAAGAGCGCGCAAAGACCGGGCCAAAAGAGGACAAAGACGUGUCAGAAGAGAAAGUCAAGACGGACGCAGAUGUGGCAAGAGAAAUCAACGAGAAAGGCGGUAAAAUUGCUAUCAACGAAGAUGGCCAAGUGGUGGAUAAACGCGAGCUGUUGAAGGGAGGUCUCAAUCUGGGCGCACCAAAGCGACAAGAUCCCCGAAAAGAGACGGGCAAGGGCUUAGAUCGCAGGGACGACCGGGGCCAAUCUCGCAACUUUGUCGGUUCUGGCGGCAAGCAAGCGAUGCGCGAAAGGCAAUCUCGCAUGCUCGAGGCGCAAUUGGAACAAUCUCUUAAGAGAUCUCUAGCCGAGGAGGAAGAGGAGAGGCAAAAGGUCGAACGCGCGUCCAAGAGCCGCAAGACAGAGACCGACGUCUCGAGCGCGCGCGAGAGAUAUCUGGCACGUAAGAGAGAGGCCGAAGAAGCCAAGAAGAAAGCUGCCGCAGAAACGUCGUGAGCAGAGUGCCCGUGUCCACAUUAUCCUAUUCGAAAUGGGAUAUCCUCCGUCAUGAUAUAGUGGCCUUGAUAAUAUUGUACAUUCUAUGCAUCCGCUGUCCCGACCCUACCGUGAGAAUGCCCCUCCAU